UCUUUCCUCACCUCUCUCUUUCUCUCUCUCGCCACUAUUGAGCGAGAAACAGAGAAGGGAAAAGAAAAUAAGGUAACCAUAAAACAAAAAAUAUAAAAAAAGAAAAAAAAAAAAGAAAUCGAAGGCCAAUACCUUAAUCAAUUCCAUAAAUUCUGAUCGUCUUCGUUUUCGUCUUCCUUCAACCAUUUCUGGGUCAAAUCGAUCGCAGAUUUUGAAAAGCUCAGAUUCAGCCUAUCAAAUGGCAAUAGUCAAAUUACAACGACGAGGCUUUCCUCUUUGACUUUUUCUAUCAAAUUUAUUAAUAUUAGUCUUUUGGUUUAGGGUUUCUACGAAUGAGAUAAUUCUCUUCUUCUUCUUCUUGUUCUUUCUUCAUCAUCGACGUGGUCAUCGUAUUCUUCUUUUUCUUAUCUCAACGGAGUUUCGCCUUCGAAGGAUUUUGUUUGGUUGAUUGAUAGGGUGAUGAUGUGUAUAUGAUGGUUCUGGUUAGGGUUAGGGCAUCUGCGCAGAUGGAAGCGUCCGGUAGUAAUUCCGAUACGUAUAGAGGUUCUUCGGGAGGGAGUAGUACAAGUAGUAGUAAUUCCAGGAGAUAUGGAAUGCUAUCGGCUUCGAGUAUUAUCCAGGCACCGAUUUCUGCCUUGUUAGAGUAUUCGGGUCUUUUACGAACCGCCACCAGGUCAACUCACCAAGAAACGGACCCUUUGAUUACCGGUUCUGGUGGGAUUCAGAAUAACCAUAGGCUUGAUGAUUCUACAGCGUCUGCGGCAGCUAAUAAUGGGGAGGUUGCUAUUAGGAUAAUCGGUGCAGGGGAACAUGAGCAUGAUAGAGAAGGGUCUGGAUUGGUGGUCGGGCAGUUGGGUGCUCAGAGUGAGGUUUCUGUGCAGCAGCCAAUGCCUGGAAUGGCGUCAGAUGUUCAGGGAGAUUCUAGAAACGAUCGUGGGACCGGAGAAGGUGCUACUCAGCAACCUUCUAAUGCAAGUGGGGAUGGGGAAGCUGCCGAUGGAAGUGGGGCUAAUGGAAGGGAUUCUUCUUACCAGAGAUAUGAUAUUCAACAAGCUGCCAGAUGGAUUGAGCAAGUCCUUCCUUUCUCUUUGCUUCUAUUGGUCGUCUUCAUCCGCCAGCAUUUGCAAGGAAUUACAGGUUUCUUUGUUACAAUUUGGAUUGCUGUUGUCAUGUUCAAGUCAAAUGAUAUCCUAAGGAAACAAACGGCUCUGAAGGGGGAGAGGAAAAUCUCAGUCUUGAUUGGCAUCUCCCUUGCGUUCACGCUUCAUGUGGUUGGUGUUUACUGGUGGUAUCAGAAUGAUGACCUUUUGUAUCCAUUAAUCAUGCUCCCUCCCAAAUCUAUACCACCCUUUUGGCAUGCCAUUUUCAUCAUCAUGGUCAAUGAUACUUUGGUCAGGCAGGCAGCAAUGGUGUUCAAAUGUAUUCUGUUAAUGUAUUACAAGAACAGUAGAGGCCGGAAUUAUCGUAAACAGGGUCAAAUGCUAACUUUGGUUGAAUAUCUGAUGCUGCUCUACCGUGCGUUAUUGCCAACACCAGUUUGGUACCGUUUCUUUUUGAAUAAGGAAUAUGGGAGCCUCUUCUCAUCACUAAUGACUGGGUUGUAUUUGACUUUCAAGCUCACUUCUGUUGUUGAAAAGGUGCAAUCCUUCUUUGCUGCUUUGAAGGCGUUAUCACGUAAAGAGGUACAUUAUGGGGCCUAUGCAACAUCAGAGCAGGUCAAUGCAGCAGGAGACCUGUGUGCUAUAUGUCAGGAGAAGAUGCACGCUCCCAUUCUACUUCGUUGUAAACACAUAUUUUGCGAAGAUUGUGUAUCAGAAUGGUUUGAGAGGGAAAGGACAUGUCCUUUGUGCAGGGCUUUGGUGAAACCUGCGGAUCUCAAAUCAUUUGGUGAUGGUUCAACCACUUUGUUCUUCCAGAUAUUCUAAAUUUUUCUACUGUAAAAAUCGAAAGUAGUUUUUUCUGCUUUAGAGCUCCAAACAGUUACUGAAGCUUGCCUCUUCCUGAUCAGCGAGAGAUAUAUACAGGUAUAUGCGAGACUAUUUGUCUAUGGUUUGUUCAUUAGUUAACCAAGGAAAUUGAACAGAAGCAAGUAGAUGGAACUUGAAUUGGUUCUCUUUCCUUUGUUGUAUUGAGAAAGGUUGAAUGUAACUAAUGGCCCUUAAAAGACAGUUCCUCUUCGGAAUUACACUAUAUUGUCAAUGUCCAUUUACCAUAAAUGAAAGGCUUUUCCCCCCCUCUUUAAGUUGUACAUAUUCUCUUGUUAAUAAGACAUCAAUAAUUGUUAAA